UGUUGCGCCCCUAUAACUGUCUGCGUUCUACUUCAGCUGGGAGGACUGUUUGCGCACGUCUCCAUCCAUGUCUCACCAAUGCUGCCCCGUGUCUCCAGAGGGAGCCGCAUUCAUUACCACCCCAGCUUUGGGUUACUAAAUGGUUUUCUGGGGGAGGAUUUCUAACCGGCGAGAUGCUGCUCGUACUCCUGCUGGCAGCCUUUUCUUCCUCCAUCUCCGGCUCCCUCUCCUCCUCCCUCUCCUCCCCCUCCAUGUCGGACGGACCCCAGAUGGCAGACCCGUCCGCCUCGGACUUGAUGGCCGAGACCUGCAGCGCCUGCUCCUGCAUGUCGGUGGAAAACGUGCUGUACGCCAACUGUGAGAAGAUCACUGUCUAUCGACCCACGCAGCUCAUCCCGCCGCCCUCAUCCCUCUACCACCUGAACUUCCAGAACAACUUCUUAAUCAUACUCUACCCAAACUCGUUCCUCAACUUCACCCACGCUGUGUCACUGCAGCUGGGGAACAAUAAACUGCAGAACAUCGAAGGUGGAGCGUUCAUGGGGAUGAGCGCGUUGAAACAGCUGCACCUGAACAAUAAUGAGUUAAAGGUGCUGCGAGCAGACACUUUCCUAGGGAUAGAGAACUUGGAAUACCUUCAGGCUGACUACAACUUGAUAAAAUACAUUGAAAAGGGAGCAUUUAACAAACUGCACAAGCUAAAAGUGCUCAUCCUGAAUGAUAAUCUCAUACAGGCACUUCCUGACAACAUAUUCCGCUUUGCCUCGCUCACACACCUGGAUAUAAGGGGGAACAGGAUCCAGAAGCUUCCUUAUUUGGGAGUUCUGGAGCAUAUUGGGCGCAUUGUAGAGCUACAGCUGGAUGACAACCCCUGGAACUGUACCUGUGAUUUAGCACCUCUCAAGGCAUGGCUUGAAAACAUGCCCUACAAUAUUUUUAUCGGCGAGGCCAUAUGUGAAACUCCAAGUGACUUGUACGGGAGGCUCCUGAAAGAAACCAACAAGCAGGAGCUUUGUCCCAUGGGAACAGGAAGUGACUUUGAUGUUAGGAUGCCGCCCGCACCCCCUGAUAAUGGGCAGUCCCCUUCCAAAAUGUCCCCAACCACUGUGGCUCCCAUUGCCACAAAAUCGCCAAAAACCACUGACUCAUCUAAAAUUUACGGUAAUGGUAUUGUGGCCGGUUUACCCCCUUUUGGAAGAAAUAGCCAGAUUGUUUCCUUUCAGACACGGACCCCUCCCCUGUUGUGUCCACAGCCCUGCAGCUGUAAAGCCCACCCCUCUGACUUUGGCAUCAGUGUCAGCUGUCAGGAGAGGAAUAUUAAAAAUCUAGCUGAUCUCAUUCCCAGACCCCCAAAUGCCAAGAAACUUCACCUGAGUGGAAAUUACAUCCGUGACAUCAGCCCGUCUGAUUUCCAAGGGUUCGAGGGCUUAGAUUUGCUACAUCUUGGCAGCAAUCAAAUUGUCACUGUCCAGAAAGGUGUGUUUUCUAACCUCACUAAUCUGAGGAGACUGUAUUUGAAUGGAAAUCAGCUUGAACAAUUACACCCAGAAAUGUUUUUGGGUCUCUCAAACCUACAGUACCUAUAUUUGGAAUACAAUGCCAUAAAAGAAAUCUUGGCGGGUACUUUUGACUCCAUGCCGAACCUACAACUCCUGUAUCUCAACAACAACGUUCUGCGGAGUCUCCCCGCCUAUGUGUUUGAGGGUGUCUCUUUAGCCAGGCUGAAUCUGAAAAACAACCACUUCAUGACCCUACCAGUGAGUGGUGUCUUGGACAAGCUGCAAUCAUUGACCCAGAUAGACCUAGAAGGGAACCCGUGGGAGUGUUCCUGCGAUCUUGUCGCCCUCAAACUCUGGCUUGAAAAGCUAAGUGAUGGAGUGGCUGCCAAAGAGGUGAGAUGUGCCUCCCCUGUGCAGUUCUCCAACAUUGAGCUGCGCCUCUUGAAAAAUGAGAUCCUGUGUCCUAAGCUCGUUGCAAGACCCCCGUUUAUUCUCACUAGCGCCACCCCUGUUUUGACCUCGGUUUCGCCCGCCGGAGUUGGCAAAGCACCACCGGGAGGGCCUGUGCCUCUCUCCAUUAUGAUCCUCAGCAUCCUCGUAGUGCUUAUCCUUACUGUGUUCGUGGCCUUCUGCCUUCUAGUCUUUGUCCUGAGGCGGAAUAAAAAACCAGUGGGCAGGCAGGAGGGGCUCGGGGAUCAGGAGUGCGGCUCCAUGUCAUUGCAGCUCCGCAGACACAGCCACAAAUCAGGCAAAAAAGGUUCCAUCCCAGGAGACGACCUGGGAGGCGAGACGUUCAUCCCCCAGACCAUCGAGCACAUUGGCAAGAGCCACACCUGCGGGAUCGGCCGCUCCUCGGACAUGGACGCUGGGUUCAAGUUUGCAGACUCGCAGAGGCAGAAGAUCAUCCUGCGGAAUAGCGCCGACAAGGAUAAAGACUCGCUCUCCACCCUGGAGCGCAACAAACGCCUCAGCACCAUCGACGAACUUGAGGAGUUCCUCCCCCACCGAGAGCCCAGCAUGUUCAUCCAGAACUUCCUGGACAGCAAAAGAGAUUUCAACAGUAUAGGGAUGGGCGGGUACGAAAUCCGCUACCCGGAGAAAACGCUGGAUAAAAAGAUGAAGAAGUCGUCGCUGAUAGGCGGGAACCACAGUAAGAUCGUGGUGGAGCAAAGAAAAAGUGAGUAUUACGAGCUGAAAGCCAAGCUCCAAGGAACGCCUGAUUACCUGCAGGUGCUCGAGGAGCAGACUGCUCUGAGUAAAAUGUAGGGAUUGUUGUGUUUGAUUUAGUGCAUUGAUUACACACACAUACACGAGGAAGUCAGACACACAUAUAGGCAGACAGACAGCCAAACACAUCUGCCUUUCUCUGGUUCUUUCUCCCCCUCUGGCCACACACACACACACACACACCAUUCAACCCCCCCAGAUCUCUGUCCUCAUCUUCCUCUCUGCAGCCACACAUGCACACACACAGACACACUCCCACACACAGCGAAAAAGUGCCUUCUGGAAAUCCUUAAUGACCAAUGCAGAGAUGGACAAAAUGGCUCCACACUACAAAAGCUAUUACUAGAAUCAGCGUGGAUCUAUUUCACAGUUAAAGACCUUCUGGAUUAUUCAUGCCACUACAUGUAUGAAUCCCACAUACAUACUACAGGACACCCUAAAAAGCAACCAGACAGUCAUAGUAUUUUUUUGCUGCUAUUGAAAUGGGUACUUAUCUUCUGAUUUUUGUUGUUCUUGUUGUUCUUUUUCUCCUCCUUUUGUUUUUCCAACCAAAUCAAAGGGUCUUGAAAACAGUGCUUGAGAAUAUACCUCGCCGUCAUCAACCCUCGUUUAAAAAAAAAAAAAAAGAGAGAAAAAAGAAAAAAGGAGGGCACGCUGGUUGUUGUUCUUUUGCUCUGGAGAGUAUCCAAAAUCACCACUUCUGGGAUGAGAUUAACAGAGUUGGUGACUCAAUGGAUGCUAAUUUGCUACUUUUUUUUAUUUGCGGGGAUAUCUGUUUGUUCUUGGGGAUGCCCUCUGGAGUCGGCUGCAGACUCUCUGCCACCUUGUCUGGAUUACACACCAGUAGCAGUACACCUGCUCUUUGCCGGGAGGCUGAGCGGCUCCCGUUUAAGGCAUCGCGAAAAGAAACUCUUUUGGGGAAUGAUUUCAUGACUUGUUCUCUUUGUGUAAAGAGCCAUGUUAAAUAUAGUGUCUUCUGAAUGGAGUUGUGUUUCUCUUCAAAAUUGCUACUUACAGUAACUGUAUGUUUUGGGUGAAAUCUAACGGCACAUAACACUGUCAGAGGACGUUGUUUCUGAAAAAUGAAAAACCCAAGGAUAAAAAAUUUACAAAGCUGCUUGCCAUGUAAGCGUAACCUGGAAUUUAUUUUGUAAGUCUUACAUUAUUUGUAUCUGUGGGACUGGUUUGUAAAUUACAAGGAAGGACAAACAUCUACACGCGCGCACACACACUGUACGACGGAUCAUCAUCAUCAAGAGACUACAAGCCAGAAUUGUCAAACAAACCGCUGAUAUAAUUCAAUCGGUGAUCCACCUCCCCUUGUCAGCUCUCAAUUCGUAGUUAAAAAAAAAUUUAACAACAUAGUUAAUUUAUUUUUCUAUGCAGGAUUAUUUAAAGAGUUAUCGGUAUUAUUUAAAAAGAAUAAUACACAGAGAGUGGAAAGGACUUGAUAGAAUGAUGCAUCAGAGCUAAUUCAGGCCACCAGAAGUGACUGUUGAGUCAAUUCAAGGGUUCUUGUUUCUCUCAGUUUGCUGAAGAACCCGACCCGCCGGACGAGGGUUGUGAAAUGUGAUCUGUGGUGUUUCCUUUUUAUUGUGUCGCACGACAAGCCGAGGCCUGAUAGAGUCUGUGAAGUUUUCAAGCAGUUUCCUUAUUCUUAUAUCUCCCACAGUAUCUUGUAAAAGGUUUCUUAUUAACAUUAUGCAACCAAAAUAAAUGUGCAUUAAACUUUGAUAUGGUUCCAGACUUGUUGGGAUGGGAGUGGAGGCAUUUGUGUGUAGGACGAGGAAAUCAAAGCUCUAAAUUGUUAGAUCUGGGCCGAAUCAUAUCAUAAAACACCAUGUGCAAUAUUAGUAAAAAAUGCUCGGUCAUGAUGGCUUCAGAUAAUUUUGUUUAAUUUAUUUAGUUUGAGGUUAUAUUGUCAAGAAAGGUUCUAUUUCAAAAUUCUUUUAUCAACUUAACUCUAUCCGGUCCUUAUUUAAAAAGUAUUGUUACGUUAAAAUUAUGAGUGUUUAUUGACAUUACAAAUGAAUAGAAUGUAUCUUGGAAAGUAUAAUAAAUACAGUUUUCUAUCGGUCAUAAAUCUCCUGUAUAUUGGUUAAUUUUCUCUUGUAUAAUCAUGUUGAAAUCAAGGUAUUAAAAUCAGCACCUAUUUGCACUGUG